CUGCAUGCUGCAGCGAAGUGUACUUGGAAAUGUCCGCUCCAGUCCGUGAGGUGUCUCUUGUGGCUGUGUGUCGGCUGGUGGUGUGUUUGGAAGGCUAACUUGAGCUGAGCUACUGAAACUUUUCAGCUCCGAGCGACUCGAGAAAAUGGAUUCAAAUGUUUUCACAGCCAUUUCCAAAGAUGAUCUUUUACCUUUGGCAUCCCUGCGCCUCCUGGUCCCUCCUUUCCAGCUCCUGGCAGCUUCCAUGUGGCACGUGUUACAGAAACAAGCUGUGAGGAGCUACUGGGAGGUGGCAGAGUUUGUCUCUCUGGUGGUGGYCAUGGUCCCAGAGCUGCUGAUGUACAAACACAGAACUGAGCUAAACUUGGGGCUAAGAGCUCGGUAUAUUUUGGAAUUAUGUCGAAGUGAGCAGCCUGUAAAACCUGAGCUGAUCCUCUCUUAUUUGGACAAGAUGAAAUCACCAAACCCAGUCCAGGAAAUGGAAUCGGAUGAGGAGGUAGUGAAAGAGAACUUCAUUAAGUUGAUUCACACUUUGCUCAAGGAUCCAGAAAAAAAACUAGAUUUUUUCUCGGAUGUGUUCCCUGUGGAGUAUGGCCCUCAGUAUGACAGCGACCUGCAGAUGCUGUUUUCAGAAUUUCUCUGUCGACUGGCUCAGCUGCUGCCAGUACCUGACCUGGAGCAGACUGUCUCUUGGCUCGGAGCUGAAUGCUCUCUGUUGGAGGACUGUGUUAAGACUGUUUCUGAGCCCUCGGACCUGAAGAAUCUGCUCCAGCACCACAGGCAGCUCGGGCAUUUAGAGCAACAUGUUCCCCCUGCUAGCAUGGGCAAUGGUAUCCUCACCUCACUUUCUGCCUUACCGUCUCAGAAAGAGGCACCAAUGACUGACCAGCCCCAGACAGACCCACCACAGGAGCUCAUUGACAACAUGUGGACUGUGAUGGUAGUGGAUGAUAUUGUUAUGGAGAUAGUUACGGUUUCUGAUUAUGCUGAGGUUGAAGUCAGCGCGACCCCAAACAUCGAAGUGGUUAACAGAGAAAACUGCUUUGAAGGCACUGAAGAGAACGGGACAGAGGAGGCUGAACACUCAGCAUCCUCCCAGGAGAAAAUUACCACAGGCCGGCAUGACUGCCCCGACUGUGGAAAGAGUUUUAAGUUUGCCUCUUUGCUGCUGGCGCACCAAGUCAUUCACACCGGAGAACGCCCGCACCGCUGCAGCAACUGCGGCCGCUGCUUCUCCUUCAGGCAGUCCCUCGACCGACACAAACACACCCACAGAACGGGACGUGCGUACGGCUGCGUUGUCUGCGGGGAGACCUUUCAUUCAUCGUCAGCUUGUACUUCACACAAACAAACGCACAUGGAAGACAGAGUUUACACGUGCCAUCGCUGCAACAAACGGUUCAGCUGGGAGCUGACCUUUGUCAAACACCUUAAAACUCACAAUGAAGAUGGUGACGUGUCCACAGGGAGCUCCGGGGAAAGACCUGUUGUAGACAACACUGAGGAGACGGAAGUAGAAGCUGCUGAACCCGGCUGUCCGGUCCAAGUAGAUGAUCAGCGUCUACCAAGAGGAGCGUGUCAGAGCAAUGAGCCGCUCGCCUCUGAGCCAGGAGYUCCUGCUGCAGAACAAGACGUUGUCCUUCCAGCAAACGUCCGCACAAGUGGACGCCAACGCAGGCCGACAAUGAAGGUCCAGGUGCUGAAUUUACAGAAACACAUGGCCACUAAACAAAAGGAUGUCACCCGGGUUAGUCCUGCUGCACAGGAGCUUUCGCCUUUCAUCAGCUCAGAACACUCUUAUGGGUCAUUCAGGGCUUCAAAGGAUGGUGAUGAAAGUUCYCCGACAGAUACCUCAGCAGCUGCUUUCUCCUGUCCCCAGUGUCCCUUUCACAACUCUGAGAAGGUGCAGGUCCUGCAGCACACCGACAAGGUUCACCCUGGGGAUGCUGUGGGGGACAAGUCGUCCCCUCAGCCACUCCCCAWUGAAGGACGCUACAGUUGUUCCCACUGCGGGAAGAUGUUUCGAUUCCAGUCUUUACUGAAAGCCCACCGGCGCGUCCACACAGGCGAGCAGCCUUUCUCGUGUUCGCAGUGCGGUCGGCGGUUCUCCUUUAAACAGUCUCUGGAGAGGCACAGGCAGACGCACGAGACCUGCGGGGAGCCGUUCGCAUCAGCGGGGGAGCACCAUCACGGCGUGAAGAACGGGGAGCACUUGUGUUCAGAGUGUGGCCGGGUGUUCGCCUGMAAGUCUGCUUUGGUGAGGCAUGUCCGGACUCACGGCUUGGGUACGGACAAGGCGAAUGACUCAUUUAAAUGUCCUCACUGUGAGCUGGUCUUCAGCUGCGCCAGUCGUGUCAGCCGCCACCUUCCGACCCACUCAAAGGAGAGGGGUCACACCUGUAACUGCGGGAAAAGCUUCGCCUACCGGGCUGCUCUCACGGCGCACCAGCGCAUUCAUCUAAAGGAGCGACCUCACAGGUGCGCACAGUGUGGAAAGGGCUUUAUUUAUAAGGGCGGCUUGCUGAGCCACAUGAAGAUCCACUCCGAGGAGAUGCCCUUCAUGUGCUCCUUCUGCGGCAAGAGCUUCAAGAGGGAGCGCAACAUGAAGAAGCACGAGCGCUGCCACACCAGAGAGAACGUCUUCAGCUGCUCGCAGUGCGACAAGAGCUUCGUGUACAAGGCCACGUUGAUCCGCCACGAGCUGACGCACUCGGGCAACCGGCCGUACCUCUGCUCCGACUGCGGCAAAGGCUUCUUCUCCCACGCGGAGCUUCUGAAGCACGAGCGCUUCCACACGGGUCACAAGCCUUUCCAGUGUCCUUACUGUGGCAAGAGGUUCACCCAGUCCUGCUACCUUACUGUCCACCUGCGCUACCACACGGGACUGAGGCCGUACUCCUGCUCCGAGUGCGACAAGAGCUUCCUGAGCGCCAAUCGGCUGAAGAGGCACCAGCGGACGCACUCUGGAGAAAAGCCUUACCUGUGUGGGAAAUGUGGGAAGAGAUUCAGGCAGUCCUAUCAUCURAAAAUGCAUCAGCGGACUCAUUCUUAAUAAAUCAAGACUCUAUGCUCUAAAAAAAAAAACUUGACAUUUUACGAUUUUUAAAUUUAUAUUAAAACUUUAGAAGAGUAACUAAUGUGACUUCACUACUGUGCAGAUAUGUUCUUAGUKAGUAUUGUGCACUGUGUGUAAUGUAGUUGGUCAAAGGGCAUGUAUCCACAACAGAGAAAUGUGCAAUAUGUUAAUGAAUUAAAGGUCUGCUCUUGAAGGAAUGAACACUGUCUGGCCAACAAAA